AUGGCGGUUGUUCACUUUGUCGUCUUCUUGGCUACAGUAACCUUAGUGUUUGCUCAAGACAGUGUAAGCUUUGACAUCGAAAAACUUUAAAAGUCAUUAUUUUUUAUCAAUAAGUAUUUUAAAAAUUUCUAAAAAUAAAAAUUUAGGGCAAUAGUACUUUUGCAUGCGGCACUACCUGUGCGACAUAUUCGUGCUUGGAAGAAACAGCGCAAUGCGGCCCAAACGGAUAUUUGAUUGGGUUUGGCGAAAGAAAUUGUGAAAACUUUAUUAAUCCAGGUAUCCUUUUUGAUAUAUUAAAAUAUUUUAUACAAAAUUUAUUGUUGAUUCUUUUCAAUUAUUAUACUUUUUAGUGUACUAUGACAAUUUCAACGCUCAAGGAAAAGAUUUUAUUAAUUGUACAUUGGUUUGUUUGACAACGUUUUUGGACGAGUAUUUUGCUGUAAGUAUCUUUUACCACAUUAAUGAGGACUUGUUAAAUUUCAGAAUCACACCACGAUUGACUGUAAUCAGCUGAUGGACGACGCAUUUAACAGUCAUGUUGCUUGCUACACCAGUUGCGGAUUUUGUAGCGUUUGGUACACAAAUGUCAUUGCUUUUGUUAAAGUCUUCAACAUUUCCGACUUUACUUCAGCUAUAGCCGCCAAAACUGUCGUCGAAACCGGCUGGGAUUGUCUGACUACACCAAGUUCAUGGUUUGAAUAA